AUGUACCUAUCGGCAAUUUUUUUCUCUGUCUUGAGCUGUGCCAAUGCUCAAGUGGCCAAGCAGAUAGGUACAGACUCUGGAAUAACCACCGGGAUAAUACCGAUCAUAGUAUACGAUCGCCACUAUGAAGAUUUUUGUGGUCGUCCUGUAAAUGUUAAGCCUAAGAAAGUCAAAAGGCGAAAAUGCGUUCACAGGUAUGAGCCCGAGAUAUACGAUCCAAAUGAUGUAUAUAAUGUUGAAGACCCUGACAAGCGCAGAAGACCACAUUAUUACCAAAGUGACAUUCUGGCCGCUAGAUAUACACGCCGUAUGAGGUCGGCUACUAAGGCCGUAGUAAUAGUUGGCUUCAUUCUUCUCGGAAUCGCAGUGAUUUCGGCAGCAAUGGCAUGCUGCCGGGCACACGAGAAGGUCUUAAUACCUCUUUAA